GGGCUGAACAUUUUCCGCGUGUCCGAGUUCUCCAACGGCCGCUCGCUGAGCUGCGUCAUGUUCACCAUCUUCCAGGAGCGGGAGCUGGCGCGCACCUUCGCCAUCCCCGCGCGGGCGCUGCUGGGCUACGCGCGGGCGCUGGAGCUGCACUACCACCCCGACGUGGCGUACCACAACAGCCUGCACGCCGCCGACGUGCUGCAGUCCACGCACGUGCUGCUGGCCACCCCCGCCCUCGAGGACGUCUUCACCGACCUGGAGGUCCUGGCCGCUCUCUUCGCCGCCGCCAUCCAUGACGUCGACCACCCCGGGGUGUCCAACCAGUUCCUCAUCAACACCAACUCGGAGCUGGCGCUGCUCUACAACGACGAGUCGGUGCUGGAGAAUCAUCACCUGGCCGUGGGCUUCAGGCUGCUGCAGGAGGAGAACUGCGACAUCUUCCAGAGCCUGUCGCGGCGGGAGCGGCAGGCGCUGCGCCAGAUGGUCAUCGACAUGGUGCUGGCCACGGACAUGUCCAAGCACAUGAGCCUCCUGGCUGACCUCAAGACCAUGGUGGAGACCAAGAAGGUGACGAGCUCGGGGGUGCUGCUGCUGGACAACUACACCGACCGCAUGCAGGUGCUGCGGACCAUGGUGCACUGCGCCGACCUGAGCAACCCCACGAAGCCGCUGGGGCUGUACCGGCAGUGGACGGAGCGGAUCAUGGAGGAGUUCUUCAGGCAGGGGGACCGGGAGCGCGAGCGGGGCAUGGAGAUCAGCCCCAUGUGCGACCGGCACAGCGCCUCCGUGGAGAGCUCACAGGUUGGCUUCAUCGAUUUCGUGGUGCAGCCGCUGUGGGAGGCCUGGGCCGAGCUCGUGCACCCGGACGCGCGGGAGAUGCUGCGGGCGCUGCGCCGCAACCGCGACUGGUUCCGCGGCCGCGCCGGCACCGGCACCGGCACCGGGACGGACAGCGGGACAGACAGCAGCGCCGCCCCCCGGUUCAGCUUUGAGCCCCCCGAGCCACUCCUGGAGCCACCACCGGGAACAACCGGGACAGACAGCGGCACCGGCACCACCCCUUGGUUCUGCUUUGAGCCCCCCGAGCCACCAGGAACAACCGGCACCGACACCGGGACCGACACCGGGACCCCCCG